AUAAAUUCCUCAAAAGUUGAAACACAUUCUCUCAUUGCACUAAAAAUUACUUGUCUAUUUCUCUACUUCUAUAAGCACAAUCAUAUAUUACGAGUAGUAUUUUGAGGUGAGUGAGAAGAGUGAUAAUGGGGACAGCAAAAGAGCACAUAGAAGAAAUAAGGAGAAGCAAAUUCUCAAUAGGAGGUGAAACAAAUCCACUAACAGAGGAUCUUCAUCAGGCUGUUAAAAAUCUCUCUGCUGAGCUCUAUGCUAAGGAUGUUCAUUUCCUCAUGGAACUCAUCCAGAAUGCAGAGGAUAACGAGUAUGACAAAGGCGUUGAUCCAUCACUGGAAUUUGUAAUAACUUCUAAAGAUAUUACUGAGACUGGUGCUCAAGCAACCCUUUUGAUAUUCAAUAACGAGAAAGGUUUCUCUCAUAAGAACAUUGAGUCCAUAUGCAGUGUUGGACGUUCCACUAAGAAAGGCAAUCGCAAGCAUGGCUACAUAGGUGAAAAAGGUAUUGGAUUCAAGAGUGUGUUUCUCAUCACUGCUCGGCCCUACAUCUUCAGCAAUGGGUAUCAGAUACGAUUCAACGAGGAACCUUGCCAGCACUGCAAUGUAGGCUAUAUUGUACCUGAGUGGGUGGAAGCAAACCCAACUCUGUCAGUUAUAAGCCAAAUCUAUGGGUCUUCUGCUACUCUUCCAGCCACAACUUUAGUGCUACCACUGAAAUCCGACAAGAUGAAACCUGUUAAGCAGCAGCUUUCCAGAAUUCAUCCUGAAGUUCUUCUAUUUCUUUCGAAGAUAAAGAAGCUCUCGGUCAGGGAACACAAUGAGGAUCCCAGGCUUAAUACAGUCAGUGCCAUUUCCAUUUCUAGGGAGACUGAUUUUGUUAAGAAGAAGAACAUUGAUGCUGAAUCCUACCUGCUCCAUCUCUCAGCUGAUGAAAAAUCUGGUCUGGGGGAAUGCAGUUACUACAUGUGGAAGCAGAAGUUUCCUGUCAAGCGGGAGCAUAGAGUGGAUAGAAGAAUGGAAGUUGAUGAGUGGGUAAUCACUUUAGCUUUUCCCAAUGGAGAGCGCCUCAACAGGGGAACAAGCUCUCCUGGGAUUUAUGCUUUUCUUCCCACGGAGAUGGUCACGAACUUCCCUUUCAUAAUUCAGGCAGAUUUUCUUCUAGCAUCGUCAAGGGAGACAAUCCUUCUAGAUAACAUAUGGAACCAGGGCAUUCUUGACUGCGUCCCUACAGCUUUUGUCAAUGCUUUCACAUCACUUGUGAGAGCUAAUGAAAGAGCUCCUGUUUCUUCUCUGACUCAUAUGUUUGGCUUUUUGCCAGUCAAUGAAUCUCCUUUUCCAAUUCUUAAUGGCGUGAGAGAUUCCAUUAAAGGAAAACUGCUGGAUGAAAGUAUCAUUCCGUGCGAGUCAUACAUGGAACAGCAAUUCUUCCAGAAACCCAGUGACGUUGGUAGGCUGUUUCCUGCUUUCUGGAAUCUGCUGAACAAGGCGAGGAAGCAGGGGGUGGUAUUGCAUAACAUCUCAUCGCAUGGAAGAUUCAUUGUGAACUCAGCUUUUGAUAAGGAGAUGUACAACCAUAUAUUAAACUUUCUGGAAGUGAAGCAAGUUGACAAUGGAUGGUAUGCAAAGUGCAUUCAGAGUUCCAAUCUUGUUUUGGGAGUCUCCGAGGAUGUUUACCUGGAACUUUUAGCAUUUGUUGCUGAGAAAUGGCUGUCUUCUUUCAAGACAACUGAGAUGAUGAACAUACAACUUUUGAAAUAUGUUGAUUUUGAUGAUGAUGUUGCUUUGUGUAGCAUAUAUGAGGCAUUGAAUGGUGAUCAUUCAUUGCUUUUGUCUCGUGAGUCUGGUCACAUCUAUUGGCUGAUCAACUGGAACUCAGAAUUUCGUUUUGCCAAUCACCUCUUCUUUGCCAAAUCAACACAAGAAAAAGUCCGGAGUCAUUCUAAAUGCAAGACGGUUUUGGAUUGGCUUAAAGAUGAGGCCAAUGUGUGCAGUGUGAAUGUGCACGACUAUGCUCUUCUGCUUCUUAAGUCACACAGUUAUGAUAGAAAAAUUGUUGUGGCUCUGACCCACUUCUUACAUCAGUCCCUCACAAGAAACUAUUUAUCUAGAGAACAAGUUGCUGCUUUAUGCAGUAAACUGCGGCUCGUUGAUAACUAUGGACAGGUCACCAGACGGAGGAAAGGGAUACUGGUGCCUGCAAAUGGUAGCAAAUGGGUGCAGUUGGUUGGUUCAAACCUGUGGAGGCACAAAGGCUAUGUUGAGCUCGGGGAAGAUUAUUUGCAUUCUGGCAGCUAUGCUGGAGUUUCUACCAGCGAAAAACAGCUUCUCGAAUUUCUCAAGGACAAUGUUGCAGCUAUGGACAUUCCUGACCUACCCCCUCCUGAUGCAGCGAUUUCUAGUAUGUCUUCUCCUCUAACCAAGGAGAAUGCAUUGCUGCUGUUGGAAUGGAUUCGUAAUAUGAAAAGGAACAAGGUUUCCUUGCCAACAAGGUUCUCGAGCUGCAUAAGGGAGGGAAGCUGGCUGAAGAUAUCACUGAGUGGUAGCCCUGGUUACAGGCCUCCAUCAAAAUCAUUCUUCCAUAAUUCAUCAUGGGGACAUGUGCUGCAGAAUGGAUCAGUUCUUGUAGAUAUUCCAUUAGUUGAUCAGGAGUACUAUGGCAGUGAACUGAAACAGUACAAGAAGGAGUUAAGCACAGCGGGCGUCAUGUUUAAAUUUAAGAAGGCAUGUAAAUAUAUCGGAGAACAUUUUAUGUCUCUGGCAACUAAUUCUACUUUAACCAAAGGCCACGUGGUGUCAAUCCUCAAUUUCAUCAAGUAUCUAAGGGAGAAAUAUCUUUCCCCCGAUACCUUUAUCAAUAGCAUCAAUGAUAGAAGGUGGUUGCGCACUACUCAAGGUGCGAAGAGCCCCCGGGAGUCUGUUUUCUUUGACAGUGAGUGGAAUGCUGCCUCACAGAUCAGUGACAUCCCAUUUAUUGACCAUAAUCAUUAUGGGGAUGAGAUUCUCAAAUUUAAAGCAGAACUGAAGCUGCUUGGAGUUGUGUUUGGUUUCAAUCAAAAUUACCAGCUCGUUGUUGACAACCUGAGAUCUCCAGCACGCAUAGGUUGCCUGAGUUCUGAUGCUUUGCUCUUGAUACUGAAUUGCAUUCGCAAUCUGAGGUUAUCUGACAAAAUAUGCCGGGCACUUAGGGAUAGCAGAUGCAUGAAGACCAUAAACAUGGGGUAUAAAUGUCCGAAUGAAUGCUUUUUGCUUGAUCCUGUGUGGGGCUGCCUGCUGCAGGUUUUCGGCAGCUUUCCUGUUAUUGGUACAAAUUUCUACGGAAGCACUAUCUUGUCAUAUAAAAGCGAGUUGCAUAAAUUAGGUGUGGCUGUUUCUUUUGAUGAGGCCACUCAAGCUUUUGUUUCUGUUUUUAAGCAGCAGACGGCGAAAUGUUCUUUAAACAAGGAUAGUGUGCUUUCCCUUCUUGCCUGCUACAGAAAGUUGAAGCCAACUAGCUUUAAAUUUCCUUCAGAUCUUAAGAGCUGCAUUCAAGAGGUCAAGUGGUUGCGAACUCGAAUUGGUGAUAAAGCACCUAAAGACUGCAUACUCUUUGAUUCAGCUUGGGAAUCUAUCUCUUCAAUCUCUCUGUUGCCUUUUAUCGAUGAUAGUGAGGCUCGGUACGGAAGGAGCAUUCAUGAGUACAAGGAUGAACUUAAGAGUAUGGGAGUUACGGUGACAUUUGCAAGUGGGGCAAAGUUUGUUCCUGCAAGCCUUCGAUUACCUGAAGACCCUAGCGCCAUUACUGUUCCAGUGGCAUUCUCAUUGUUUGAGUGCUUACGGAAGUUGGAGCAUGAUGAUGUUCAGAUUGCUAAUUUGCGGUCUAAACUUGCUAGAAAAUGGAUGAAGACGAAUGCUGGUUACAGGUCUCCAGAUAAGUGCUUAUUGUUUGGUCCCCAGUGGAAUCCUAUCUUACAGCCAGAAGAUGGUCCUUUCAUCGAUGAUAAAUUUUAUGGUUCGAACAUAGGAAAAUAUGAGAAAGAGCUCAUGUCUCUUGGUGUUGUGGUUGAAAUUGGAGAUGGAUGCUCAUUGCUUGCUGAUUACCUUGAUUGCCACUCCAGCAGCAUUACUAUCACUAGGAUCUGUAAGUACUUGAGCAAGUUCAACUGGGAGCCAACUAAAGAAGGUCCUAGAAACAUAUGGAUUCCAAAUGGUGAUAACGAUGGAGAGUGGGUAAAUCCUGAUGAUUGUGUUCUGCAUGACAAAAGUGGUUUCUUUGGCCUACAGCUGCAUGUUCUUGAGAAGCAUUAUGACAAGGAGCUGCUCAGUUUCUUCUCCAAAUUAGGUGUCAAAAGCAAUCCUUCUCUUGAUUAUUUUCACAGGCUUUGGAAGUCAUGGGAAGAUGCUGGGCGCAGUUUGUCACAAUCAGAGUGUCAACCUUUCUGGGAGUUCACUGUGAAGCACUGGAGCUCAAGAACCGAGAACUUCCUAUCUGAGAACUUGUCUAAACUUCCUGCAGGUUCAGGCUUGAAGGGAAUUUUAAUGCUUGACAAACGUGAUGUUUUUAUUGCAGAUGAUCUCUAUCUGAAGGAUUUAUUUGAACAGUCUUCUUCUCAUCCCUUGUUCGUUUGGUAUCCACAACCAAGCUUGCCAUCUUUGCCUCGGCAGAAGCUGCUUGAAAUUUACGGCAAAAUUGGUGGACGUAAUUUGUCUGAAUCUGUUCAAAAGAAAGGCCUGUCUUCUGUUAAUUGUGAUGGACUUGAGCAGGUGCUCCCAGAAGAAAUCUUCAUUGGGAGGGGUUUGUUUAAGUUAAUUCUUGGCUUCCUUGCUGAUCCUUCACUCCAAAUGGAAGCGCAGAAGAGACAUGAAGCUCUUAAAUGCCUCAUGGAUGUUAGUAUUUUUGAGACAUUAGAACCAAUAACCAUGGAUUGCAGUCUGUCACUUUCUACUGGAGAAGUUCUGAACGUGAAAGUGAGCCGUAUGAUGUGCUGGGAAAGAGAAAGUUCAAAGAUCUUUAUACAGAGGCUGGACAAAUCAGGUGGUCACAAGUGCAAGCUUGAGUACGCUACAUAUUUCUCCGAGGUAGUUGCUGAGGGAAUUCUAAGGGAGAAGGAAGAUAAUUUUCACCAACUGGCUGAAUUGAUCAAGUUGGGUUUCAUCCUGGAGUUUGAUGAGGCAGCUGUUGGGUUCUUGAUGAAAACAAAGAAUCUGCAGAUAUUUUUGGAGGAUGAAGAAUUCCUUUCCUCUGCCUUCUCUUCUGAAUAGGGAGGGAGACAUUGUUUUGAAUGGUUAGGAAGAACUUUUUGGCUGGAUGAAGCCCUCUGUCGAGUUGCCGAAUGAAAUUUCUGGUGUUUUCUGGUCAUGCGUGAGGUCUCUUGCACGAAGAUUUGAUCUUUUGUUAUAAGUCCUUGCUAGUGUUAAUGCCCUUUGUUUGUAUUUAGCUGCUCUAAGGUUCUCUGUGUAAUCUUCUUAAUUUGCACUUAAGAUACAAUUGCUGAAAAAGCUUUGUUCCUCCGUUCCAUUUUUUUGAGGUUGGUCCUCUAUAUCUUCUUUCUGUUCUAUUGCAAUGAAAAUCAUUUUCUCUA